GAUUCGACUUCAUUUUGAUCAAAAUAAACAAAGACCUCAAAAUAAAUUUUUGAUUUUUAAGUUUAUUUUUAUAGUUGAUAUACAUUUUAUAUAGUGUAUAAUGGCAAAUCCAAAUUCACAAGAUACAAUAUUUGCCUUUGAAAAUAGAGAAGCACAAAGCCAAUGGUCAGAGGUAUGGUCAACUACUCACAUCCCGACAUUAGAUAAUGCCUCUGGAGGAGUGGGAGGCGCUAAAGGUCGCCGCAAACUGCGGCUGGGAUCGCUCGCUCUCGGAGCUUUCCUUACUAUGCAUUGCCGAGUGUCUGCUUCGGCGCUUACCGGAGGAUUCUUUGUUUUCAUGUUGUUCCUAAUCCUGGCGACGGUGGUGCUUGCAAAUCCGCUGCGCCAUUUCGAGGUGUAUCUUGGUCAGUGGAGUAUCAGUGGACCGGGCCGUGCUUUUCGUGUUUUGCCAGUGUUUGAAGGUAUCGGAAUAGCAAUAUGCAUCAACGCGUUGGUGCGAGCGAUUGUUUGCUGUACGAUAGCUGCUAUUACUGCAAUCUACGUGACGCAUUCCGUUGCAGAUUCAAAGUUACCUAAUACGUAUUGCAGGAAUUUCGAUCUGAAGCCAUACAAUCCAAUCCUGAAAGAAAUUAAUCUUUUGAUGCUAAGAGAGUCUAGAUUUUCCUUAGCGACGGGAAACUUCGCAGAAGAUGAAAAUAAAACAGAAUAUGUAACUGUCGGUACCCAAGAUUUCGCCUGGAGGAAUGCAAGUACAAAACUAAAAGUUAAAAAAAGAUUGUUAAAAAACGGAUUACGGCGGAAUCUCGGCCAAACAAUAGAAGUAUGCAACGAAAGCUAUACCAUAGGAUAUCCUAUCUUGUGUAGUACUCCAGCAUAUAAUUUCUUUUAUGUGGAAGUGGUUUUAUUUCGGGAAGACUAUAAUUUCGGUCAGUUCAAUAUGCCGUUGGUAUUAUGUAUCAUUUUAAUUUGGGGAGUGCUGUGGUUAUUACUGGUUGCAGAGCGUUUAAAUCACGGGAAGCUUAUUUGGAAUAAUAUGUCUACGUGGCUGGUAUUUAUACCUUGGAUAUGGGCAGUUUUGCUGCUGAUCUGUGCGAUUGUCAACCUUGCUUCUAUGCCCAAAUCUUUACGUAAAAUCUUUGAAAUUGGUGCUAAAGAAGUUUUCGCGGGAAUGGCUGACGCGUUAGAGGUAGCUCUCUAUAUACAUUCCGCUAGUAUGGGAACAGAAAUUAUUCAUGGAAAAGGAUUAAAUCAUUUCGCAUCUGGGCAUAUAGACCCGCACCUCGGCGGCGAGAACGUGUGGCACAGCGGCCUGCUGCUGCUCAUGUCCGCACUGCACGUGGGCAGCGCCGCGUCCUGCGCUGUGGUCGACUGCAUCCAGCCCAACACCAAGAGACUGUACGAUAUGAAUGAAAGCACGCUGUGGAUAAUUCCCAUGUACUCCAAGUGUACAUUAGUCAAUAAUUAUUCACAUUUCAUGUCUGUUCUUAUAUUCAGUGGACUAACUUUUUCCUACAUGACUGUGGCGUUUGUUCUUGUCAAGACAUCGUUACACACUAUAUUUGAAUAUAAAGUUAAAUUGGUUUUUGCAGAGCAAAUGGUGGUAGCAGGCAUAAUACUAAGCUGUAUGGGAUUGAGCCUCAUAUUUGCAACUACUGCUGGUGUAGCACUUCUAGAGAGCGUGGACGCGAUAAUGACGGGUGUGGCAAUGCCUUUUGUAUGCCUGCUGGAACUCGUGGCACUGAUGUACGUUUACCGAAGCCACGAUUUUGUGUCCGAUAUGAACGUAGCGACUGAGGAAAAUGCAUGCGCCUCAAGAAUCGGCACUCAAUGGCAGAUGAUACCGGCUAUAACAUUGGUAACACUUAUAAUGAAGUUGACAGCACUGUGCAGAGCAGAGAUGCCGCGUUCGCUGCUAUGGAUGUCGACAGCGCCUCUGGCAGCCGUGGUGGUCGCCGCGCCCAUCCGCGCCGUGCGGAACAUUUGCGGUUUCCUCAGACAAGGCCACAAUGAACGGCGUUAACGAAAAUUUUGUUGUACACAAUUUCUGAACUAUGGCAGGUCGAAAUGUAUUGCUAUAUCUUUCAUAAUGCUCCUUGCCAAAAAGAAUAACACGAAAUAACAGCCGAAAUUCAUCCUUCUGUAAUCUGUCGAAUAAGUUACCUACAUUAUUGCCUAUUAGUCUUAUUAUAAUGAAGGUAUUACUCUGUCCAAAUGCCAAAGUUAUCUUUAACUUUUUAGGAGACUUAAAAGAACGGGUAUUAUAGCAGUGUUCGUUUGCUUUUUUGUGCGCAUGUGCGUGAUUCGUGCAUGCGCA